GUCUGACAGCAUGUCUGCUCGCAAGAAAGUUCUUCUCAAGGUUAUCAUCCUCGGGGACUCCGGGGUGGGCAAGACUUCGCUCAUGAACCAGUACGUGAACAAGAAAUUCAGCAACCAGUACAAGGCUACCAUUGGCGCUGAUUUCUUGACCAAGGAAGUGAAUGUAGACGACAGGCUGGUCACGAUGCAGACGUGGGACACAGCAGGGCAGGAGCGGUUUCAGAGUCUGGGUGUAGCGUUCUACCGCGGGGCUGACUGCUGCGUGCUUGUCUUCGACGUCAACGUCGCCAAAACGUUUGAAAACCUCGACAGCUGGAGAGACGAAUUCCUCAUCCAGGCGGGCCCUCGGGAUCCUGAGAACUUCCCCUUCGUCGUGCUGGGAAACAAGAUCGACCUCGAGAACCAGCGAGUCGUCACGCAGAAGAAGGCCCUCGCAUGGUGCCAGGCCAAGGGGAAUAUUCCGUACUUCGAGACGUCGGCGAAGGAGGCGAUCAACGUGGAGCAAGCGUUCCAGACUAUCGCGAGGAACGCGCUGAAGCAGGAGACUGAGGACGACCUCUACAUCCCUGACACCGUCGACGUGAAUGCGGACAAGCCCUCAGAUGCGAAGAAGUUCGGAGCCUGUUGUUGAGCGAGAGGAGGAGGAGAGACAAGAAGGUCUGGUGGAGCUUUAAUAUAGUUGAUGACUCGUG